AUGGGCAUGCUGGGAGAGUUUGGUAUACGAACGAAAAAAUUUCAAACAAACGGAUUGCAGCUCACUGAUAGGAAGGGAGAGAGAGAAAAAGCAUUCCGCUGUUCAUCGAUAGACGAAGCUCUCUCUUUAUCAUCUCGUGCCAGAUGUAACAAAGGAUGAGUCCUUUUUCCUUCUCGCGAACCACGGGAGCGCCUAA